AUGACAAGGCAGUCCUUAUUAACACCCACAAAAACUGAUUAUUCAGAUGCCCAUGGAAAUUCAGAAGGUGCUCAACAAUAUAAGGAAAAGUGGAUAAAAAUCAAGCAUCAAAGAGAUGAGAAUGGAAAUUUAAAGUAUCCUUGGGAUUUUGAAGUUGUCCAUGGUUUUUUCGUCCAGAGCGAUAUGUCCACAGACGAUUUUGGGUUUAAUCAUACUUUUCAAAACAUGGGUAGAAAAAAAUCUUGGGAAGACAUAAAAGCCGAAUUGAUACAACUAAAUAAUGAAGCUCCAGAUAAUGUUCAGUAUAAGCUAAUUUUUUUAGCACGACACGGGCAUUCUACACAAACACAGAUUGUUGAGUUGGAAGGGUUGCAUUUAUGGCAUGAAAAGAAUUGUAAACUCACUGGUAAUGAUCAGUUUACCUGGGCACCAGAUUCGGAAUUAACCGAGAUUGGAUUGGAACAGGCCAAGGAAAACAGAGAAUUUUGGAAAUCAGAGCUAUUGUUAGGAGCCCCCAUUCCUAGUAAAUUCCAUACUUCGCCAUUACAAAGAGCGUGCAGCACAUUAGUUAUAACUUGGCAUGAUCUAAAACCAGUAGAGACGAGGCCAAUAGUGUGUGAAAAAUUGAGAGAGAAAAUUGGGAAAAACCUAAGUGACAAACGUUCUACGAGAUCUGAAAUUCACGAAAAGUUCGGUGACACUUAUGGGUUUAUAACAGACGGCUUAGAAGAGGAAGAUAUAUAUUUUACUGAGACAAGAGAAACCAUGCCAGAACAGUCUCUACGCCUAAACGGAUAUUUACAAGAUUUGUUUGAACAAGACUGCAAAUCGGGCAAAGUUGACAAAAAACUGGCAGUUGAUAACAUUUUCAUCAGCACCACGUCACAUUCUGGCACAAUUAGAUCUGUUAUUAAUGUGGUCGGUCAUAGGAAUUUUACAGUGUCCACGGGCGGUAUGCUUCCUAUAGUAGUUAAGGCUACCAGACGGAAUUAA